AUGUCAUCAUCUGCUGAGCAAACACAACAGCAGCAACACGAAAUUACCACUACCGAUGCCAACACCGAAAAGAAACUAGAGCCGUACCUUGCUCUUCCCGAUGCCGAGAGCGCCGAUCAGACACAUAAGCUUGACGUCAGUGGGGAUGGAUCAACGGUGAAACUAGAUCAUCUGGGGCCCUUGGUUGUUAACCAGGAUGGGACGUUGGCGCGAAUUGCGAACUGGGAGCAGAUGACGGAGAUCGAGAGGAGAAAUACUUUGCGGGUGCUGGGGAAAAGGAAUAAGUUACGGAUGGAGGCGUUGAAUGCUGCUGGGGGUGCAAAAGCGGAAGAAAAAUAG